AAGAGUCUGUGCGUAUUCAGCGGUCGGGGAUAUUCGCCGGGUCCCUAUCCACGGAGUGCCGAGUAUCUUCGUUCAAAGGUGUUAACCCUCCCCUGCGUUUCCUUCAACCCCCGCGAGCGCGCGGAUAAGAAAUCCGUACGUGCGGUAUCGCGAUCUCGUCGUACGGCGUGAAGUUGCCGCAGAAUUGAGGCAGAACCGGCGUCGAUCUCGGCGCGCGCGCGAAGGGAUAAAAGCCGGUACGCGACGAGUACGAUACGCGGAACGGCAGACGGGGAGCUAGAGAGAGAAAGAGAGAGAGAGAAAGCGAGAGAAGGAGAGAGAGAGAGAGACGGCCCGCGUGUGUGUUGCCGUUAACAGUGAAUACGCGAGUUUUUUUUCCGUCAGGAAUUACCGGAAUCGCGCGAAUGUCUAAAGUGGAUGUGGAGUAACGCGGAGCUGCGAAAGAGGGAGGCCGGGGAACCGCAGCCCAAGCACGAACGACUACAGCCGGCAUUUUGACGUUUGCUCCGCGUGUGUCUUCCCCCCUCCGCGUUCCCUCCCCGCAUGUGAUGAAUACUGUCGCAAGUGAGCCGUGCACGCGACGCCAACAGACAGAGCGUCGAGCAACACGAGUGAUGCCGUGUUCGCAGUGAGUUUUUUUUUUCGCCGGUUGUAUAAUACACGCCGUUCUUCUCGUCGCGACAGUCAACGGCGUGCAACAGCAAUAACAACAAUAACAGGCAGCGACGCGGCGGCACAAGUUCUUUGGUCGUGAUAUACACGGGAGGUACAAGGAGAGAGAAAGAGAGAGAGAGAGAGAGAGAGAGAGAGAGAGGGGAGAUAAGAGCGCAUUCGUGAAUGCCCAGGCAGGUAUCGGGCGGAUCGGGCUGUUAACGGGAACGGGAAGUGCGCGACGGAGAAUCACGCGAAUCCAUAACCAUCCUCGCGUUGCUCGGGCGACGUAGGUCGACGUGUUCCGUCGAGUCCGGAGUCUCUCGGUUGCUCGUUUCGCCGCCGGCAUUCUCUCGCUCUCGCGUCUACGGUGGAGGGGGAGGUCUGCCUCUUCUCCCGAUGAUACGCACGUGCGCUCGCCUCUACUCGCUACUACGUUUACGUGCGUGCGUGCGUCCGGAGCGCGUUCAGUGAAUCGAGUUGGUAUUCGUAUUCGUCUUGUCGUGCCGUGCCGAGCGGGAGAGUUGGAGUGCUGACGGGCGAGUGACGCGCGGUGUUGUCGUCCGUUGUUCAGUUGCGGUCAGUUUGAGAUUACGUUUGAGUUUACGCGAUCUCGUCGUCGCGUCUCCCCGCGUGUGGCGGUUCACCUGCUGGAGAAGGAGGCUCCGGUGCGGAGAAGGACUUCGUAGCCGCGCGUAGCCAUGGAUACGCUCCUACCGAGCGGCAAUAUAUUUCGAGAGCUGCAGGACAUACACGACACCGGAUACUUCUCGGCCCAGCCGUCGCUCGAGGAUCACUGGCAACAGACAUGCUACGAGAUGGAGAGGUACCUGAAGGACGAGCCGAAGCUACAAUCGUACAAAAAACUCCCCACGGAAUUGGACACAGCGCCCUGGAACCUCUUCAGGGCACCAUCGAUCUCGUGGACGACGUCCACUGGAACGAACGCGCAAUUCGACCCCCCAAUCAAAAUGGAGGUGACGACGUCGUCAGACGAAAGAGAUCCUCUCUGUCUGGACGAUAUUAAAUUCAGUCCUGGUGAUCAUAAUGACAGUGGACGCGAUAGGGAUCUCCUCGAUCGUCACCUCGAUUCUUUAUCGAUGUCCUCGGCGAGUUCGGCGUGUUCAGCACUGUCCUGGGACAGUUCACCUUCCCUCUCUUGCACGGCGCUCAUUCUUAAAAAAGAACCGAGUGAAGACCUCGAGGAAGAUGAGGAACACGAGGAAAUCGAAGAGGAGGAGGACAGCGGGUGCGAAAGCGAAGGUCAGAUUCUGACGCCGCCGUCGAGUCCCGGUUCGGGUCAAGGUCAUUCCAACUCCAGUCACUCGUCGAGUGGAAGUUCGAUGCUCGACGUGCACAACCUCAACCUUCACGGCACGGGCGGGAGGAGCGCUAUCGUCAGGGUUACCGCCGGAAACGCGCAGGGUGUUGCAAGACUGAUCUCCGUCACGGCGAACGGCUUCCCCGCGGUAGCCGGCACGCAACACGCGCACGCGGGUACAACUGCAACCACGACUACUGUGGCCAACAGGCACCACGCGAGGAGCAACGAGCACAGUCCGCCCGACACGAAACGCAGGAUACACAAAUGCCAGUUCCCCGGGUGCAAGAAGGUAUACACCAAGAGCUCGCAUCUGAAGGCCCAUCAAAGGACGCACACGGGGGAGAAACCGUACAAGUGCAGUUGGGAGGGCUGCGAAUGGCGAUUCGCGCGUUCGGAUGAAUUGACGCGCCAUUACCGCAAGCACACCGGCGCGAAGCCGUUCAAGUGCCGGCAUUGCGACCGAUGCUUCUCCCGCAGCGACCAUCUAGCUCUCCACAUGAAGAGACACGUGUAAUCAAUCGUCUCCGCGAGCGGUCUCAGCCGCGCGUCACACUCCGCGGUUGGGACCGUCGAGACCUCUUCCUCGUAAAGAUCGCGGAGAUCUUCGACAUUUGCACGCGAUCUAACAUUUUCUGAGGUCACCUAGUAAUAUGCUGCAGGUAGAAAGCGAUCGAUUAUCGAACGCCUAAGCUUGAUGAAUAAAUACAUCAAGGGAGAGAUCUACGAAAGUAGCUGCGUUUAUUAGGUAUUCGAGAUUUGCCAGACUCCAUCAUUGACAAAAAGAAUUAAUUUUCGAGGAACACUUGAGGAGAUCGAUGAUCAGCGAAACGCCGUUUGGAGACAAUCGAAGAUCGAGUUUAUGUCGAAAACAAUCCAUGAGAACAAUUCGAAAGAAGGCUUGACGAGCAGAUGGUGUAUUAUUAUAAAGUAACACUUCAUCGGAGAGUCCAAAGAAUCACGUAUAUUUCCUCCAACUGUCCUGAUGCGUAAGAUCAGGAGGGGAAAAAAUAAUUGACACUUGUCUUUAAGAGCCAAAGGGAUCGCACGAAACAAAUCAUAGACCCAGCUAAUUCGCGCGAAUUUGAGGAGACGGAAACAUCCAUGGUCAGCAGUGAUCCAGAAGAGAAAUUGCAGCCAAUGUAAUGUAGGGAGGGGACCUCCGAGGAAAUUGCCGAGCAAAGAAGUCGCCCGGGAAGUCUCGCACGAGAGACGUCAAUCACUGCCAAUUCGUUACAUUCUAAGAUCAGCGCUACCGUCGAAGAUUUCAAGCUGCGACUUUAGCAACCGGAGGUCUUCGAGAAGCGAGAAGCUGACUGGAGAAAGCCUAAAGUUUUCAUCCUCAAUGGCGCGCGGCGGAUGCUCAUUUGCGAUAAAAGAAGAAGAGAAUUAUAAUGUUAAAGAAAAG